AUGGACUACAAACCAUGGUACCCAUCAGACUACACUCAAGCACUAAGCAACAUUCUCACAGAAGACCAAACAACCACUCUCCUAACCCAACCCGGCACUUCCCCCCGCUUCGUCUACGGCACUCUAAUGCUCCCCACAGUCCUCAAAUACUUCACCGAUAUGCCCCAAACAACCCCCAUCUCCCGCAACAUGACCCAAGCCACGCUCUUCGGCUACCAACUCUACCGCUUCUCCAACCCCGGGACGCCCGUGAUCGCGCCAUCGCCGGACCCGCAAGCUGCCGUCGAGGGACUGCUUAUCUUUGGAUUGAACGAGCAGCAGAGGAAUGCGAUUUAUGAGCUCGAGGCCGGAUUGAUGAAAUUGGUUAGUGUGCAGGUGGAUAUUCAGCAGCGGGUAACGGGUGAGGGGGGGCUGUGUAGUAUGCGUGCUGUGGAGGCGGGUGUGUUUUGUUGGGCGGAUGAGAGGACGAUGGAGGGAUUAAUCCCUAUUGAUGGUCCAUCUAAAUACUCAUGGACAUAG